CUCAGCUGCUGUGAGGGAAAUAACUGUGCUCUUAUACUUUUGCUUCUUGUCAUCUCUUCCCUCCGAGUAAACCGCAGCCUAUCGUAUGUCCGCUAUACACAACCUCCAGCCUUUCGACCCAUUUGCUAAUGUCAGUACCGGUGCCCUUUGGCUCCCAGCUGGGGGAGAGGAUUCCAUCCAUAUAAGGAUCCAGCAGAGGAACGGCAGGAAGACCCUCACCACGGUACAGGGCAUAGCCGAUGCCUAUGAUAAGAAGAAACUAGUCAAGGCCUUUAAAAAGAAAUUUGCGUGCAAUGGUACCGUGGUUGAUCAUCCAGAAUAUGGAGAGGUGAUUCAGCUUCAGGGAGAUCAGCGGAAAAAUGCCUGUCAGUUUCUAAUGGAGGUUGGGUUGGCAAAAGAAGACCAGCUGAAGGUUCAUGGUUUCUAACCUCAGUAUCUGCAAUUUCGUUCCCCCCCCCUGCAGUGCAUGGUCUCUUCCAACUUCCCUUCUCACAAGACUAAACAGCAGCCAAAGCUCUUGACAUGUUGCCCAGAGUAACUGUUUUAUGGACAAUUAGUGGGACCACAGUGCGUUUAUAAGGCUGUAGGUCUGUCUGUGCUUCCAGCUGGAAUGUUUUUCCCCUGCUGCCGGCAUCAAUGCACCCCUGUAACCAAACAUGACUUUUCUACACACCAGACUGGGGGCGUAACGUGAGACUCACUCGUGUUUCCAUGGUGAUCUCAGAAACUGGAAACUAAAACUGUGUUGGCCGGGUGCUCCUAAAGCAGAAGGUGUCGGGCGAGUGAUGUUCAGUCCACAGUGAAGUCCAGACUGUUGCUAUUAAACUUAUGACAGUAUCUGUUGGAGUUUAAAAAUUUUUAAUGCACUGUUCAAUGAGAAACAAGCUUCACUUCUUUUUAAACCCGUUUAUUUGUAACAAGUUCUUAAUUAAAGAGAUCUGUUUCAUUC